AUGUUUGGAGCUGUGUGUUCAGGAAGACCAAUCCAGUUGGCCAGCCAGGUGGCUGAGAACAAGUAUGUCAUCAGUGUCCCCAACGCCUCGAACGUAUCACACAUUGCCAUUUUUUUGCUUCCUCAAACAGAAUUUAAUGACCCCAACUACACUGCCCUUGUGUUCUUCCAGUUGCCAAACUCAACUGAUUUCAAAUUGCUUGGAGGCCUAAAUCCCAAUAAGCCCAGUGGGAUCUUCAAGCUCAAUAACAUGAGACCAGCGGCUACCACCGGGGACAACGAUAUGAUGGACGAUGAGGUCAUUGAUACCAAUGACGGCUUCACCAUCAAUAUUGGGUUGUCGAUCGAGCCCACUGCCGAAGCCGAGGUGCAGUUGAGUCAGGAGAAGAUGAAGCAGCUGGGGGCCUCCAGUGCCUUGGUGCCCCAGCAGCCCAAACCAUAUUUAUCCAACAAUCCGAGUGCUUUGGCCAGUAUGGCCAACAAGAUUGUGAGCCACGCAUAUAACUACUUGUCGAGCUUUGUUGAUGGUCAAGGAAGGGUUCCCAUCAAGGCCUUUGAUAACUGGUGGGACAAGUUCAAGAGUAAGCUUGCGAAUAAUCCUAACUUCUUGAACGAGCUUGAGACUUGA